AUGGACUAUUCUGGAAGAGUUAACUCCAAAAAGGGAGCAGGUGGGAUAGCAAGUACAGAAGAAUCAAAUAUUUAUACAAAAAAAAGAGUACAAGAAUUAUUAGCUACUCAUAUAUUAGAUUUAGAUAAUGAUCCAUAUGUAUUUAGAAAUCAUUUAGGUAUAUUAGAAUGUAAAUUAUGUUUAACAACUCAUAAUAAUGAAUCAUCAUAUAUUUCACAUUUGGGUGGUAGAAAACAUCAUUUAAAUUUAGAAAGAAGAAGAAUAUUAGAUGAAAAACAAAAUUUACAAUUAAAAUAUCAACAAAAAAUUGAAAACCAAAUAAGUAUAAGUAAUGUGGAAAAGCGAAAUUGGAAUAAAAUUGGUAAACCAAUUGAUUAUAAAAUUAUUAAAAUAAGAGAUCCAAAAACUUUACAAAUUGGGUUUUUAAUUAGCUGUAAAUUUCCAAAAAUUAUAAUUGAUGAACCAUUUUUUACAAUAAUGUCAUUUUAUGAAUUAACUUCGAAAAAUCAAAAUCUUUGUAUAAAAGAGAUUACUAAAUUGAAGAAAAGUGAAAAUAAUGAAGAACAUGUUGAAGGAGCAGAAGAUGAAGUAGAAGAAGAUGAAGAUGAUGAAGAGUAUGAACCUACAAAAUUCCAAUAUUUAAUCAUAUCAGCUGAACCAUAUGAUAAUAUUGCAAUCAUAAUACCGAAUAAAAAUGAAAUUGAUAAACCUCAAGAUGAAAAUAAAAUGAGUGAUACUUAUUGGUGGUAUUGGGAUAAAGAUACUAAAGAAUUUUAUUUACAAUUUUUAUAUAAAAAUUGA